AUGGUUCACAGGGACCCCGCUGAAGAGCUAUGGUGUGAGCUGUGGCAGCCUGGCGUAGACAUCACGAGGAAAAUGAACGCUAUUUUCGGUUUAAAGGAGAUCGGUACGGAGCGUGCCGUGACGCUGCUCUGCGCAGCGUUACUGGACGCCCGGGAGCGGUCAGUUCUCGUGCGUCACGAAAUUGCGUACGUACUCGGCCAGAUCCAAAGUGCAGCUUCUAUAAAAACGCUCACUGAUAGGUUAAUCGAUACUGAUGAGAACUCAAUUGUCCGCCACGAGUGUGGGGAAGCGCUCGGUGCCGUUCGGGCUUUCGCGGUGCGACCUAUCCUGCAGAAACUGUGUGGCGACGCGGUACCCGAAGUUCGCGAGACGUGCGUCCUGGCGCUUGAGCGGUUACGCUGGCUUGAAGAAAAGUCCACGAACGAGGAGCGCGUGCGAGAAACCUCGGCGAAAGCGUUCAAGCUCUUCGAAACGGUCGAUCCAGCGCCGGCUUUUGUUGCACCCGACGACCUAGAGGCAUCCUGGUCCAACGCUGAGCUCGGUGAACUGCUCUUGAAUGAAAACGAACCAUUAUUUCGAAGGUAUCGGGCGCUGUUUACGCUACGUGAUCGCAAUACGGACGAUACGGCCGGGGUGAUUGCGGCAGCGCUUCGACGGGACACAUCGAGUGCCCUGUUCCGGCACGAGGUGGCGUAUGUGCUGGGCCAGAUGAGUCGUGCCUGCACGUUACCAGCGUUGGAGUCUGCUCUGGCUGACACACACGAACACGCCAUGGUGCGACACGAAGCAGCGGAGGCCAUUGGUGCGAUAGGUAACUCAAGUGCAUGCGAUAUAUUGCGGAGAUUUCUGCGAGAUGCGAAUGUCAUCGUUCGAGAGAGCUGUCAGGUGGCUCUAGAUAUAGCUGGAAUCUCUGACGACUGCCAGUUCAUGGACUAG